CACGUGGCGAUCGGUAAGCGAUUUAACCUUAGUCCAGCUCAUCAUCGACUCAUCUUCAACGAUGACGAGCAAACUGCCGUUCGAAAUUGCCACUACGAGCGUAGGGGACCUACCUACUCCAGAACCGGACUCGCCUUAUCGACCCCGCCGGCCAUACCGAUUUUCUACGCUCUGCGCAACGGUGGAGAACCCAGGUCUAAAAGAUCAAUACGGGUCAUCGUCAGUGCCAAUAUACCAGACAGCAACGUUCAAGGGUAUUGGUGGGGAAUAUGACUAUUCUAGAAGUGGGAACCCCACUAGGAGUCAUUUAGAGCACCACAUUGCUAAGAUUUCUUCUGCUGCUCAUGGCUUCGCGGUGUCAUCCGGGAUGGCAGCAUUGGACACCAUCCUGCGGCUGUUGAAACCCGGAGAUGCAAUCGUUGCUGGCGACGACUUAUACGGCGGUACCAAUCGUCUCCUUGCUUACCUCCGUACCCACGCUGGAAUCACCGUGCAUCACGCCGACACCACUAAGCCUGAUACCCUUAUUCCACUACUGAAAACGGAGAACAAUGUUGCAAUGGUUCUCCUCGAAUCGCCUACUAACCCCCUGCUCAAAAUUGUUGACAUUGCAACCAUCGCGAAGGAGGUAAAGGAACGGGUUCCGGCCGCACUUGUAGUGGUAGAUAAUACGAUGAUGAGCCCAUUUCUACAAAGGCCACUCGAACAUGGCGCAGACAUUGUGUACGACAGCGCAACCAAGUAUCUCAGCGGUCACCACGAUCUCAUGGCCGGUAUCAUUACCUGUAACAGGGAUGAUGUUGCAAAACAAAUAGCGUUUAUCAUUAACGCUACUGGAAAUGGACUCACACCUUUUGACUCCUUCCUUCUCCUGCGUGGAUCCAAAACGCUAGCUAUUCGUUUAAACCAACAAUCUUCCACUUCCAUGCUCGUUGCUCGCUACCUCCAUUCACUCGGCUUCCCUACAUUUUAUCCCGGUUUACCUGACCAUCCCAAUAGAGAAAUGCAUGAACGCAUUUCCAGUGGUUACGGCGCUGUCCUCAGCUUCGCGACUGGAAGUAGAGAUAUCAGCGAGCGCAUCGUUGCUGCAACCAGAUUGUGGUCCGUCAGUGUCAGUUUCGGAUGUGUGAAUUCCCUCAUUAGCAUGCCUUGUGCUAUGUCGCACGCCUCUAUACCACCUGCGACUCGUGCUGCGCGGGGGCUUCCAGAAGACUUAAUCCGCCUUUGCGUUGGCAUUGAAGACUCCGCAGAUCUCCUCGACGACCUAGAACGCGCCUUGAUCGACGCAGGAGCUAUCCGAAGAACAGCUGCCGGCCUUGUGCGUGUACAGACGUCGAUCGGAGAGGCUGUCCAGAAACUGGCAGAAAAGGAAGCAGCGAAGGACGAGAUUCCGCCGCAUGAAAAGCCGUGGGUAGUAUCUGCCCCUGGCAAGGUUAUCCUGUUCGGAGAGCAUGCAGUUGUUUAUGGAGUCCCUGCCCUAGCAGCCUCAUUGUCCCUGCGGUGUUAUGCUAUUUCUACCCCAAGAGCAGACGAUACCCUUGGCGUUCACUUCCUUGAUAUUGACGUCGGCCAACCUGAUGGCUUCAAAUAUGAAUGGGACUUGUCAGAAUUACCCUGGGAUGCUGUUCCUUCUCAACCUUCAUCAGGGGAGGGAGAGGUUGCAUUAAAUCACCAAUUUCUUGACACAAUAACAUCCCAAGUUCUUACUGACAUCUCGAACGCACACGCGCGCCAGGCAAGCCUGGCGUUUUUGUAUUUGUAUAUGGUUCUUGCGGCCCACUCGGGUCAAAGGCCCGCACUUACUCUCGCAGCCCGAGCCACACUUCCUGUAGGCGCUGGGCUUGGGUCCUCAGCAUCCUUUUCUGUGUGCACUUCUACAUCUCUCUUGUUUGUAUUCGGACGUAUCCGCGUCCCUUCGCAAUCCUUGCCAGUCACGCCCAGUACCUCAUCCGCGUCAUCAUCCUCUUCAGCACCAACUUCUAAGCUUCCAGAUACCCUUGCGCAGUGCGUAAAUAGAUAUGCAUUCCUUUUGGAAAAGAUCCUGCACGGGACACCGAGUGGCGUGGAUAACUCGGUUGCGGUAUUUGGUGGUGGUCUCCAAUACACAAAGGGCCAAGGGGGAGGACUAGAAGCCAUUGAUGGAUUCAAAGCUUUGCGAUUCUUGUUAACAGACACACGCGUCCCUCGGAAUACGCGCUCUCUUGUCGCUGGUGUUGCUGAGCGUCUGGCCAAGGAUCCUAACGGAGUGGGUGCAAUCCUCGAGCAAAUUAGGGAAGUUGUUGGGCGUGCUAGGCGUACCCUUGGCGAGGAAGGGGAUGGAACUGCGGUGCUCGCCGAUCUCAUCGAUGAAAAUCAUGCACACUUGGUCGACCUUGGCGUCUCACACCCCAGCCUAGAGGAUGUGCGAGAUGUGACUAGGACAUAUGGGCUCGCCACAAAGUUGACCGGUGCAGGAGGCGGCGGGUGUGCGGUCACGCUUGUGCCGGAUGACUUCUCUGAGUCGUCUCUCUCAUCGGUAAUAACCACCCUUCGAGAGAAGGGAUAUGUCCCGUACCUUACCCAGGUCGGAGGUCCUGGACUCGGAGUACUCGUUUCCCAGGGGUCGUUUGCACUUCCCAUGACUCCCCCCGAGCCACCCGCCUGUGGAAUUGAGAACAGUGAUGGGCUAAGCGAGGGGGCGCUGACAGGCCUGUUCGCGCAACAGUCCAAACCGGAGUUGGGUUCCUGGAUCGAUAGCCUAGGCAAUUGGGCUUUUGUCUGAGGGAAAGGUCACCAAACACCAGUCGAUCGAUUGAGCUUGAUAGCGAUCGUCGUCGGGACCGUAGUGGACUUUUAUUGUCUAUCAUUUCGCAAUAUGAAAAUUCCGAGGUAUCGUUCUGUUGUUG